AUGUUUGAGUUUCUACAGAAAUCCAAGGCACGAAUUGCCGUUGUCGGUGGUGGUGUAUCCGGAAUCGCGUGUCUUUGGGGACUACGUGAUACUGAUCAUGAAGUCCACAUCUAUGAUGCUGAUACUCAGCUUGGUGGACACGCACAUUCUCACACAAUCAUAAACAAUGGGAUUGUGGUCACAGUGGAUACAGGCUUUAUUGCCAUGCAGGAUGAUUGCUAUCCGGGUUUCUCAACCUUCCUAGCAGACUUGGAUGUCGCCAUGAUAGCAACAGACAUGUCGACUAGCGUUACAGAGCAAAAUGGUCCCAUGGCAUGGGGCAGCACGUCUCUCUGGAACUUCAUCGGCAGCUGGACUCGACUAUUCAGCCCAUGGUUCUGGCGCUUCAUGUUUGACAUAAUGCGCUUCAACUUCUGUGCAACCGACAUCUUUGCCGAAAAGUCACACAAGUCUCGACAUGACAAGGCUGGUACGAAUGACCGACUGGAGUCCAUUGGCGAGUACUUGGAUCGCAAAGGAUAUUCGGAGCAGUUCAAGAAAUACUACCUGAUUGCUGAUGUCGCUGCUAUCUGGUGCAUGUCGAUGGCGGAUGUUUUUGAGGACUAUCCUGCAGAAGCCCUAAUUCACUUCAUGUCAACACACGGACUCUUGAAUACUAUCACCGAGAGCCUCAAAUGGACAACAGUGAAGAAUGGCUCAAAGUCAUAUGUCGAUGCCUUUUUACGCACUCUCCCAAAGAACCAUCAUGUUCACCUCGAGACGAAAAUCCGCCGUGUACGACGCGAAACUGACGGAUCCGUAUCGCUUGUUUUCAUGGAUGGCUCUGUAGAGAAUUUUGAUCAUGUGGUCUUAGCAGUCCAUGCAAACCAAGCACUGGACCUACUGGGAGACGAUGCCACUGUUCUUGAGAAGCAAAUACUUGGUUCUUUCCAGACGAGCCGAAACGACGUUGCGUUGCAUCUUGACCCCACGGUCCUCCCAGCCAAGAAAUCCGCCCAAGCAGCUUGGAACGCCGUGAUACCGAGCAUGGAAGACAAUCGAGUACGCGCGAAAGUCGACUUUGGAAAUGAUGAGCAAACCGAGCGUCUCCUUUCAAAGAGCUACUACAGCAAGCGACAGAUCUGUGUGCAUAACGACAUGAACCGCUUGCAAUCAAUCCCCUUUCCCGGACGACCCGGAAGCCCCGGUCGAGUGAUCGUCACCCUGAACCCACUCCAAAAGCCCGAAGCAAUCCAAUGCCAGCGCACAUACUACCUGCCCAUCAUUUCCUCCGCAGCUGUCCAAGCAUCACGCCACCUGGAUCUGCUGAAUAAGUCUGACAACAUCAGCUUUGCAGGUGCCUGGAUGGGAUUCGCGUUCCACGAAGAUGGCUUCAUUGCUGGACUGGCUGUAGCAAAGAAAAUUCGUACAGGCGUAUACGAAAACCCCACGCGCUUUCGCUUCGGAGAAGAACUCAAGGAGGCGGUGCCACGCCUAUCGUUGAAGAUUCAACUGCUUCGAUUUGCGAUUGCCACGGUACAGUUUGGAAUUGCGACUGUGGAGUUUUUGGCUUCUAGGAAGAAAUCAGACUGA